AUGGUUCAGCCGCGGUUCGUCCGUCCGACGCCAUCGUCGCCUUCCUCCGACGCCGGAGAACCGAACUCCUCCAAUCUAUACGUAGCGAAUUGCGGGCCGGCGGUUGGACUGUCGCACGACGCAAUCGCGGCGGUGUUCGCUGGUUUCGGGGAAGUGAAAGGCGUCUACGCGGCGGACGAGAGCGGCGUUCGUGUCAUCGUCUCAUUCGCGGAUCCUUUCUCGGCGAAAGCUGCUCUAGAAGCGUUAAGUGGUCGGCCAUGUCCGGAGCUUGAUGGACGGACUUUGCAUAUUCGAUAUUCCGUUCUUCAAUUACCUUCCCAGACGCAGGUGAAUGAUAGUGUCUCAGUGUCUUUGGCUGAUUCAGAAUUGAACAUCCCAGGGCUCUUCCUAAUACCCGAUUUCGUCACUGCCGAAGAAGAACAGCAAUUGCUUGCAGCUGUUGAUACUCAGCCUUGGAUCGGUCUCGCCAAACGGCGUGUUCAACACUAUGGAUACGAGUUCUGCUACGGGACAAGAAACGUUGAUACCAAGAAACAUCUCGGCGAGCUUCCAUCGUUUGUUUCUCAUAUACUCGAAAGAAUCUCAUUGUUCCCAAACCUUGACAAUGACCCGGCAAGCUUAAAUCUAGACCAAUUAACGGUAAACGAGUACCCGUCUGGUGUGGGUUUAUCGCCUCACAUCGACACGCAUUCAGCGUUUGAAGAUUGCAUCUUCAGCCUCUCUUUAGCCGGUCCUUGUAUUAUGGAGUUUAGAAGAUACUCUGUUUCCACAUGGAAAGCAUCUCCGACCACCGAUGAUGAGAAGUCAGGUAACGCCUCUUGCAUCAAGAAGGCCUUGUAUCUUCCUCCUCGGUCUAUGCUCUUGUUGUCCGGGGAAGCACGCUAUGCUUGGAAUCACUACAUUCCACAUCACAAGAUUGAUAAGGUGAAGGAUAAAGUGAUCAGAAGAAGUCCUAGAAGGGUAUCUUUCACAUUUCGAAAGGUGAGAAAUCAUCCUUGCAGGUGUAAGUACCCACAAUACUGUGACUCUCAGCAACAAAGAUAA